AUGGGACUAAAGCCAGUGUACCAUCCAGUGUUGCGAAGCCCUACUGUGAUGGAACAUGAAAACUUUCUGAAAUCUGAAUCCACGAUGUUGCUAAAGAAAGAAGUUACCACUAUCCCAGAGGGUUCACCGAUAUUGGAUGAAUCUAUUGAAAAAAGAGUCACAAUCCCCAAUGGUCGUCCAGCCGGCAACGGUUUCACAACCAACAACAUGGAAAGGGUACCCACUUCGGUUCCCUUACAAGUUGAAAUCAACGGUCUCAGAGAGUCUGGGCUUUCUUCCCCUCUGACACCAGACUUACGUUCCUUAGCGUCUAGUGCGUUACCUACACCUCGUGAACAGAGUUCUAAUAAUUCAACUUGUACUAUUCUCCCUAAGGGUGAUUUAAUACCAGACAGCUCUGAACAGCUAAACUUGAACGGAUCGUCCAGCGUACGGAUGACUUCAAAAAAGGAAGAUGGUGUUCCAUUAUCCAAUGUUCUAAGUGGCAUUCCACUUUCUCGUAAGGAUAUUGAAGUCAGCAAAAGGCGUCAAGUCGCUGACAAAAUAAGCAGGUUUAAAGAUCAGGGGUCCAUUUCAUACUUAGUGCCACAGUGCGAAAGUUUGACUCCUAUCCAACUUGCAAUAAUGACAAGGACAAUGAAAGAUUCUUUACCUAACAAUAUGAGAAAAUAUGUGUUUGGCGAAGAUGAGCCUCCCAAAAAAGUUCUCAAAACGUUACCCUCCAUUGGAGAUGUAGAUGAAAUGACUGAUUUGUCAGACAUGGAAAUGGAAGAACCAGAAAAUAUUCUGCAAUCUUCCGUUCGUUGGGCUCCUGAAAAAGUGAGAUAUGGUGGGGCUGAUGCUCGCUUAGUGGCAGAGCUUGAAGACAGAUAUAGUCAUAUGCAAGAUCUUGUGACCCUGGAAAGAAGUUUACCUCAAACUGAGUUUGAAGCCAAGGAAGAUGAGUGUGCGCGUACGCGUGCUUUAGUGAGCAGAGCACCACGAAAAAUUUUCCAUCACCAAUUCAGUUUGAUGUCAAAUCAGAAAGGGUCUGUUGACUAUUCCCAAAUGCAGCCUUCAACAUCGAAGGAUAGCGAUUGGCAUGACCCGCGAACACAUCCUCGCAUUACUUUGUCUGAAGUUCAUCCCAUUGAGCGAAGGAUGCAAGCGUAUACUACCCUACUCUCGUUGGUUCCCUCAUGCACCAUACGUAAAUCAUUUGAUAGCUCUCCAUGGUUGAACAUGCGUGAAAUCGAGGAGGAAAAACAACGUAAUGGAUGGAGACGUUGUGCUGUUAGAGAACGACGGAGGAUGAGAAUCGAGGAGAGAAAUCAGAAUAAGGGGAAUGAUAGUAGUGAUUAUGAAGAUACUGAUCAGUCUGAUGACGAUUGUAUGCCGAAGGCCCCUCCAUUGCCGAAACCAAAAUAUGAAAGAAAAGAAGACAAGCGAAGACGGCGUGGUAGGCCGCCCAAAGAUCGGGAAGGCAAAGAUCCCCCAAUGGGCCUCACAAAGAUUGGGAGGAGACAUAGUAUGCCAACGAGUGCUCGGCAAUCAAGGCAGUAUGAUAUUGACGAGUACUUACCAGAUUUUGGCACAGCCCAUUUACCUCAAAAAUUUGACUAUAAGGAGAUAGCAAUCCCUAAUUGGCACAACAUUGUCGAUGAAGGUACUGUUGUCGAGAAAGACCCUUCGAGUGAAAAUUGUGAGUUCUGUCAUGUUGAUUUGCUACUCACCAUAGCUCAAAAACAUCACUUCCAAGAGUUCGAGGAGAGGCAACGGUUCAAGAUUGUACAAGCUCAUCGCGACAAAGCUGCCCGAGAUAAGAGAGAGGACCGCGAGCUUUCAGUUGUUGGUUCAGAUCCUCCAUCUGGACAACACACACCUCAGCCAGUAACCAUCCCACCUUUCGAUCCGAAAGCCCCUGUAUUACCUGCACAAAAAGUAUCUUGUGCAAUACCUUACUCCCCCAGACAUUUCUUGGUUUAA